AUGACCGAUAUCAUCAGAUCCAUCAAUGAACAUGGAGAGAAAUAUUCUGAUGCUGUGUCUCUGCAUGUCAUGUAUCCUCCCAAGAAUGUCUCAGUGUCUAUAAGUGGAUCAGGUGUAAUAGUGGAGGGAGAUUCAGUGACUCUGAUCUGCAGCAGUGAUUCAAACCCUCCUGCUCUGAACUUCAGCUGGUUUAAGGAGAAUCAAAGCUCAGCUGUUGGAUUUGGACAGAGUUUCAGUGCACUACAGAGUGGACGCUUCUACUGUGAGGCUAACAAUCAACAUGGAUCUCAGAGAUCAGACGCUAUUACUGUCACUGUUAAAGGACGUCUGGUAAAACUGUACAUAUCUGUCGGUGUGAUCUUUGGAGCUGCAGUUAUCAUAACAAUGCUUAUUUGGAGAAGCAGGAUGAAAAAGAGAAAAAACACACUUGAUACUCAGAUUAAUCAUUCCAGGCCUGAUAAUCAAAUAUGUACAGCAUCUGAUGUUGAGUCGACUGAACCUUUAUAUGAGAAUGUUACGAUGAAUCAUUCCAGACCUUGUGAUAUUGAGAUGACUGAACCUGUGUAUGAGAAUACAAUACAUGACAAGCUGUAGUGUUUGGGACACUGCCUUUUUCGUCUCUCUGUGGGAGGAGCCCUGAAUGAUUGACAGUAGUGUCUUGAUUUACAGAAAUGUACUUACCAAUUGGUUUUAUCCAGAGAGACUUGCAGACGAUGAGCCUUAAAUAUGCUGUAAUUUUAUUUGAGUUAAAGCAUUAAAAUAUCUUAUUAAUUGGU